AUGAUUGCAUGCAUUUCGGUUUAAAAAGGUACUUAAUGCAUAAACUAAAUACUUUGUUUAAAACUUUGUGUUCACACUUUCAAAAUAAAAGUCCGACCAGGUUUAGCUCCUGACACAAGAUGCAAUUCAAGUUUCUCGCUGCUAUUUAUUGGCUAAUAUUUAAUAAAAAAAUAUUUAUAUAUGUAAUUUGUAAUAAGUUUCAUCAUCAAUUCAACUAUUUGAAUAAAUGUUUUAGAGCAUUAUGCAACCCACCCAGUGCAUGCAAACUACACAAGCUGCAUUGAGUCUAAUGCUGUUACAGUUUGUACAAGUAAUUUACAUGCAAAUACAGGAAAAACAACGAGUUAGCUUUUACAAGCAGGAUUUAUCCUCCAACUUUUCUCACUUCAACGCCCCCCUAUUGCCCAAAACAAUAUUUAAAGCCCCCCUUAGGGUGGUCCUUAUUAUGGGUAAUUUUUUAUGUUCAAAUCUCACCCCCUAAAUGUGUUAGGAUAUACACUGUGCAAAAUUUUGAAUUGUUCCUACAAUAUUUAUUUUUUUGCAAAAACUGUACCAUUUAAAAACACAAAACACACAUAAAUCUUGCUUCUUGGAGGGUAACUUUGUUCCAGUUAUUUCAGUCUCUUCUGAUCCGUGUAACCAUAUAGCGGACUUGCUUCUUGUUACUUCAGCCAUUGUCUCAGUGUAUAUUGUCUAUUGUGCUUCAUUCACAUUGAAGCUUUCUUGCUUUGAAAGACAUAUCACAACUAAAACAGGAGUUUUAAUUGCAUGGAGCAUGGUCAAAUAAGUCCAUUGCUGCCAUAAGUAUAAAUUAUUAAACAAUUAUACAUGCAAGCACAAAGUAUCACAUAAUACGCAAAUGUGUUAAACUUCAAAGGUCUUGAGAAACCUCUAAAUAUUAAUACUGAAAAUUAAUAUUUAUUUAUUCAAACAUAUUGGUGGGGUGAGAGCAUGAACUUUUAAAAGUUGAAAAAUAAGGACCACCCUGGCCCCCCUCAACUCACUCUAUUUCUACCCAAUAAGGCCUCCCUGUGGGCCCCGGCGCCCUGGAUGAGCAACACUUGACCAGAUGCAGUAAUGUGGCCCUCCCUGCUGGUUUAUCCCAAGGUUGUUGUCCACAUAUAUCUAGUCCGUUUGUUGCCUUUGACAUGCUGACUGGAAAACGGCUCACAUUACCCCUGUUAGGUUGUUAUACUUUGCUUAUAUUACUUUGUAUAUAAUGGCCCAGCUACAGUCUAAUAAACAAUUCACCAUAUAUUUUCUCAGUAUAAUGUACGUUUUAUUUGCAUUUUAAAUUUGUGAAGCUGCUUUUUUUAACUGAAAACCACAUGCAAAUGUAAGUCUAAACUUAGAAAGAAGUACCCUAUCAGGAGCAAAAAAAUGUUUAACAAAGCAACUAUAUAUAUAUUUGCAUAUCUGUUUGUCUGGAAGGUAUUAUGUUAAAUAGGCCAACCUAUUCUCUACAAGCAAGUCUGACAACCCGUUUUAAAUGUAAAAGAGUAUGUAAGAGGUUCCACAAUAUUGCCCCCUGCCUUCUAUAAUAAAACCUAUUAUCAAUUGGGCUAAUGUUGACAAAACCUGAGAUAUGAGGCAUAUCAUUUACGAUUUAAUGAUUCAAACAUUUUGUGCUUUUAGAGAACAAGAAUUCCCAUACGUCAACUCCCUGCCGCCUGGGGCUUUAAAUUCUUACUGUAUCAUUUUGUCUCUUCUUGCUUCAACACCAUACUGUACAUUUUUCUUAUCUAGUGCAGGCGUGGGCAAACUUUUCUUACUCAAGGGCCAAAUCAACACUCAGUUACUACGGGCUCAUUUUCCAGUCGAGUUUUUCCAGGGCUAGCGACAUCUUUUGGAUGUUGAUGGUAUUGCAUCAAAUGAGUAAUUCUGGACCAAAAUCCUAUACUGUUUAAUAUAAUUAUAAACUGCUUCGCGGGACAGAUAAAAGUGCCCAGUGACCUUAGUUUGCCCACCUUUGAUCUAGUGGAUAAAGACUAGGGAAGCUCUGAUCAAUCUGCCGUAGAUCCGUAGUAGGGCUGUAACGAUUAAUCGCAUGUCCCAUUAAAAAUGUCUGUCUAAAAUCGAUUCAGAAUCAAUUUUAAAUCAAUUCUGUGUUUCAUGCACAGCCUGCGUGUGUACUACAGUGUUUUGGUCAGUACGAAAUCCUUAUCAAUCUAAAAUCAUUAUGAGUCGGAGUCGUUAAUAACGUGCAUUUAAAAAAGCAACACUUGUUAAACAAAAACAUUCAAAAUAUUCUUUAUUAUCAUGAAAAUACCUGAAACAAUUUGAAAAACAGAAAUAUAAACAUCCUUGUAGACAUUUCCUGGAAUAGCGUUUGUAAUGCUACUUCUUCUGUGGCACAAAGGGAGUUUCUGCACGAGAGCGCCCCCUGGCUUUGGGAUGUGCCGAGAUUACACAAUAAAUAGAAUAAUACAAAUGUGGCCAUUUGUAAAGGACAUUAUAGCAUUAUAUUUUUAAAUACACCUUUUGUCAAAUAUCAACCAUUUUCAGCAGCCCACAAGAAGAUGCCUUUUAGUAAUUCUAACCUAAUACAUAAUGAAAAGAGAUAACAAUAACUGUACAUAAUAGUGAAUCAGAUGUUGACAGACACACACUGUAGCCUUUAUUCAGAUCGCUGUCCUUUUGAUAAAAAAUGUCAUUAUUUAUUUAUACACUACAAUUUGCUUCAAAACUGUAACACCAAUUAUUUAUUGUCACGACAUUCUCAAACAUAAAACAGCUUUCAACUUUUACCUUUAUUUAUUUAUAUGGAACAUUUAAACACAACUUUGUUGCCCCAAGUGCUGCACAAUGAAGAAAAAAAUCUAAUACAUAAACAAAUCUUAAAUGCAAUUAAAAGGCCAUACUGAAUAGAUGACAUGUCUUCAAUUGCAACUAAAUGGAUUCUAUCGAAUGUGAAGGGGCAGACUUUUCCACCGCCCCACUGACAGCUAGGGAUUAUUAUAAGCCACUAAGAAUUUUUACAUUUGUUGUUGGUGACGUAUAUUAACCCUACUGUAAACCUUAUUUUUAUGUCUCUUACGUCACCUCGCAUCACUUACCGUGUAAGAUGUGAGAUAUCACUCUGAUGAUAAUGCUAAAAAUGUCACAGUAUGUGAACAACAGUUAAAGUAUAUCAGCGUGGGCACACUUGUUCUUUCCUGUGCGCAUCUUUUCAGAUUGUUCAUUUGGUGUAGCUAUCAGAGCUAAGGAGAUAUAUGUACAAAAGAUGGAGAUAGGAGGAUCGUGCAAAACACAGAAAUGCGAAAUGUUAAGGCAUGCUGACCCUGUAGAGUGAACUCUGUUUAUGUUAAGUGAAGGACACUUUGUUCAGCUAAGUUUUUAUGUAGAAGAGACUCUAAAGCUUAUAUUAGGCACAACACUGGUGGUUUCGGGAAUGAAACAGGCAUAAGGGCCUCAGUACUAUAGGUGCCAUUACGAUCACAAGUUGACAGCAUGUCCAUGUGGUUCACAUGGAGACACUGUUUGCAUUUGCGGACUUAAUGACAUGGAUUUCCACUGGAUGGUUUUAUGUUCAUCAGUUAUAUUGUCAUUGUGUAUGAUGUGUGACUGCACAGAUAUAGAUACUGAAUUCUCAGGUGAUGAAGCAGACCGACUGAGACGCCUGUGGCUGCUCUCAAUGAAGGGAACGAAGGUGAAAGAGAAAGUAAAUCCAGCUGGAGGGGCUAACACACAUCAGCUUCUCUAUUGUCGUAUUGGAAUUGGUUUCCACCUGCAGAUUCUGAGGAAUGGAAGUGUGUGCGGUGUACAUGAGCCAUCUGAAUACAGCUUGUUAAGAGUGUUUGCCACGAGUCCUGGUGUUGUGGGUAUCUAUGGUGUGAGGAGUCAGCUGUAUUUGUGCAUGAAUGAAAAAGGAAUUGCCCUUGGAAUGAAACAGUUUUCAAACGAGUGUCUAUUUAAAGAGCACAUGGAGGAAAACUACCACAACACCUAUUCCUCUCUGUCUUAUCCACGGCUUUACUUGGCACUGUCACAGAAAGGGCGGAUGAAAAGAGGAAACAGAGUGCGACCCCACCAGACCUGCACACACUUCCUGCCUCGCAAAUCACACUAAAACCUUUGUACAGUGCCAGACUAAUGUCAAAGAUUGAUUUCCAGUUUUUAUUUUAAACUGUCGAAAUGGUCCACAGCUGUCACUGAGGCAGUACCCUUAAAAACGUCCUAAUAUGUAUCAUUAAAGGGGACAUAUCAUUAAAAUCUGACUUUUUUCAUGUUUAAGUGCUAUAAUCGUGUCCCCAGUGCUUCAAUAAAUCUAGAAAAUGUGACAAAGAACAACCCAGUUACUAUUCUCUGCAAGCAUGUAGAAUAUAGGUCAUUUAAAUUUGGCUCCCCUUGUGAUGUCAGAUGGGGAUAACACUCCACCAAUCUGCACUAUCCAACCACAGCACUGCCAUUUAGUACAGAGAUCAUCUUAUUUUCAUUUAAAGGACACAACCAAAAACAGCACAUUCUUGCUUACACCUACAAAGUCUUAUAUAUUAUUAAUACAAAUAUAUGCAUAUAAUUUGUACCAAUAUGUAAUUCUGAAGUACUAAUAUGAACUCUUUAGGUGCAAAGGUGUACUUUCUGAAAUGCUACCACCCAAGUGAUAACAAGGGACCUUUUUUGACCAUUUCAUUCUGACAGUGUAAACGGCUGAAUGACUUGAAUGUGAAUGUGAUAUAGUUAUUUAUAUUUCUUUGCAGUU